AGUGUUUGUGAACAAGCGCCGAGCCCUGAGCCAGAGCAGUCAGCUCUAAUUACCAGGCGCUUUGAGCAGCCUCCGUCCUGACCGGACUCCGAGAGGCCUCUCCAUCCCAGGCGCAGCCGGUGAAGGGGAACUCUCAUGGAUCACUUGAACGUGGAGGCAGGAGAGGCAAGGAGACGCAUGGACUCACCUGCCUGCGUCUUGGAACUGCUGGGGCUGCUGGUCUACGUCGGGGCAUGGCUCUGUGCUCUGGGCAGCACCAUCCUGCCGCAGUGGCUGACCAAGUCCACCUCUCUACUGCCCACCGAGAGCUACGGCUUGGGACUGUGGGAGACCUGCGUGGUCCAGGACAUCGGCGGCAUGGAGUGCAGGUCUUACGACAGCCUGCUGGGUCUUUCCAGCGACCUCAAACUGGCCCGCAUCUCAAUGUGCACCGCCCUCGCCGUGGGCCUGCUGGGAAUCGUGGUCGCUGUACCCGGGCUCCACCUGAUCAACAGCUGCAAAGACUACAAAGGCCACCGAACCAAGAGGACUCUGACCAUCACCGGAGGGGUGCUGGGGAUGAUGUCCGGGGUGCUCUGUCUGGUCCCCGUGUCCUACGUCGCCCAUUUGGCUGUGAUGCAUUUCUUUGAUGAGAAGGUUCCCGAGGUGGUGCCUCGGUGGGAGUUCGGAGACGCCCUGUUCUGCGGCUGGGCAGCAGGGUUCCUCCUCGUGGUGGCCGGGCUGAUUAUGGUGACCUCCACCUGGUGCUCCCAGGCAGAGCACCACCCUGCGCCACAGAGGAGGUGCCACGCCAAGAGAGACCGUGACCUCAGAAAACGCUCCGAGUACGUUUAACGAACGGAACAACACGAUCACCUGUAGAGCUGCACUUCAAACUGCUUUGCACCAAUGAUGUCAAUGAUUUUUAUAUAUUAAAUGCAAGAUAAUGUGUAAUAGCUGAUCCAGCCAAAAAAAAAACAAAAAACAACAACAAAAAAAACAGGCUUUAAUUUGUAAUGUUUUAGCUCUUUUAAACACUCACAUGCACAAUCAUUACAAGAUGACCUGCUGUGAUUAGUACAAGUGAAUAUUUUUUAUAAAGAGAGGCUUUAGUAUUAUGGGAUGGCUUUCAUUUAUCACUUUCAAAAUGAAAAAUAAACUAUUAAAGGCUUUUAUUAGGCUUUUUGCUAAUGUCUGUUAUUCUUAAUCCUGAAGCUCAGAUCGUUUCUUAGCACCUCAUUUUCUGUGAGUCCGCUCUGGUUUUCUGGUGAGGUGAAUCGUCUGAUACGGAUCAGGUCUAAAGGUGAGCUUUCUGCUCGUGCAUAAAAUCCUUGUGCAAAAACAUGUGCAGUCAGGUUUGUCUGUAAUUAAAAUUAAGUUGAUGAUCUGAAGCAUAUAGUUGUGAUAAAAAAAAAAAACAGAACAAAUUGUUA